CGCCUCCCAGUGCAGCGUCGGGAGGCGGGAGUUCCCGCGUGUUUCGUCCGGGGAGCGAGGUUCACCUGGGCUGCUUCCAGACAGCUAGCGCGAGGAAGUGGCCACGCUGGGCUGAGGCGACGCGGUUUUGGGGCUAUGAGGGGAGCCAAGCGCAGAAAGGAGAAGGGAGAGGUCGGAGGAGGAGGCGCCCGAACGUGACUGAGCCGCGCCGAGAGAGCCGUGCGGGCGCCUUACGGAGGAUUCCGCCCAGGCGAGUUCUGCAGGGGUCGGGGUCGGGGGGCAUCGACGGCCCCCUCGGGAAGCGAGCCUUGCGUGGACGGGAGAUGGACCCACGAGGCUGGCCCUACCUCAUUUGCAGCUGCCUCUUCUGGUCAGUGCAGGGGAUUGUACCAGAACCCCAGAAUGUAAGACUUCAUUCAGUUAUGUUCGACACUGUUCUCCAGUGGGAUCCACCUAAUUUUCACAAAGGAAGCAUGACUUACACAGUUCAGUAUGAAGUGUAUGUAUAUGGAAAUGGGUUCACUGAUUUAUGCCAAAGAACUGAUGUCACAGAGUGCAAUAUUUCAAGUAUCCCUAUACAUGGUGUUUGCAUUGUAAGAGUUAGAACUGAAGUUGAGGAGGAGCGGUCAAACUGGGUAAACAUCACCUUCACACCAUUCAGUGACACAAUCAUUGGACCACCUGCUGUAAAAGCUGAAGCCACAAGACCUGGGGUCUUGAUUGUACAAAUCACAGACCCACUUGUUCCUAGAGAUGGUGGCAAAUAUUCCAUAAAACAUUUUUAUGGCGAUGAUUUCGUGGCUUACAAGAUGCGAAUUUGGAAGAAAGAUUAUGAUGGUGAACAGGUUAGAUAUGUGAAUAUAACACACUCUUCUAAAACAUUACCUGAUCUGGAUCCUGGGACAACAUAUUGCCUUCAGGCUCAAGCAUUUAUUGUUGAAUUAAAUAAAAAUGGGGACUGGAGUAACGCUUUAUGUAUCACUACAGCUGACAAUGGUAUAAAUACAGUGCAGCUGGCAAUUAUCCUACUACCAGUGUUGGCUUUGUUACCUUUCUUCUGCUUUAUGAUUUUACGUGUUUAUCGACGGGCCAAAUACAUUUUCUUACCUUCAUAUUAUUUACCACAACAUUUCAUAGAGUUUUUAAGCAAGCCUUUUUACAGUUCUCAGUUUCUUGCAUCUCAGUCACAAGGAGAAGAACAGGCCUAUGACAAGAUAAUUGUCCUUUCAGAGGAGUCAAAAAAUGAUAAUGAAUCUGAGGAACAAAUGAGAAAUGCAAAGUGACUGCUCCAAGGUUCUCAUGAAGAAAUCCUUAGGCCAAAAGAAGUUUCAGAUUUUAUGCCUCUGGUACAAUCUUAAAAGUGGAAGAAGAAAAAGUAGAAAGUGUGUUUUGAAGGCAGUUGGUGGCACUUUCAAAGAAGCAACAUACACCUUGCACGUUACAGAUUUAAAACUGUUAACUUUGUGAACAUUAUCUUUCAAAACUAUAUUUAUUCUGUUAUAAUAUAUUUUUAAAGAAUCUUGUAAAUACACAUCUAUUUUAAAGAUUUAUUUUUAUAUAUAUUGAAGCCUUAAUUUUA